AUGCAGAAUUCGUCGCUGUCGUCGCUGGACAUUCUGGAUGCGACAAGUCCUGGAAGAAAUGUGGGCGGGUUUUUAGUGAAUUCGUACUUGGUUCCUGUGUUGUUCACUCUGGCGUAUACACUACCCCUUCUCUUUGUUUUGUUUUUUAUCAUCGGAAGACUCACUCUACUUCACAUAUUUCCUUACAGACUGGAUGAUUCCGCGGAAAGCAGAUACCAUGUGUAUCAUCACCUCUUCCGAAGAAAGACAUUCCAAAACACGCCUCUAGUCUUCAAGGCAUUUUUAUUGGUUUGUUCGGAUCGAUGGGUUGUAUAUUUCUUGACCAUUUCGCUGCUCUGGCAGACUUUCGGGUUUUGGUCGUUCGGAAAAUUCCCGAACGAAUUUGGAAUCCAAAGUUUGUGGGGAAUUCUGUUUCUUUUCGGCACGGAGAAUGGAAACUAUAGCUUAUGGCUUGACUUGUAUUUGUGGCAUGUCAUGACUCUGUUCUGUUAUUAUAUUCCUCUCAUGGUAUAUUUUGGAGUGUUCAUGAUUCCUCACCCUGCGCUUCCGGAAGCAACCUCGGCAUCAAGGUGGAGCCGAUUCUUUGCGCACGUUUUGUGCGUAAUUUACUUUGUUGGAGUCUUUUUCCUUGUCAAGUUAUACUUGUGUUGGAUUAAUUUUCAUAACAUUUCGUUCCUGUUUUCUCCUGUGUUUUUGUGGAUCCCUUUAGCGAACUCCGUGUUGCUUGGACGAGAAUUAACCUUUGAAUGGUACUUCAUGAGGAAUAACCCCAAAAAGCCCUUGUACGAUAGCACUGACACUGUUCUGGUAACAAACGCUUAUUGCUCUGUUUGUUUUCAAUGUCACUUUUUUUACGAUGGGGAAGUAUUUAUGUAG